GCUUUUAUUGUGUUGCACCAUGAAGUCAUUUCCGUCUUUUGAUAGCUGGAUACACUGCUAGAGAAAAUGAGCCUGUUUCUGCCGAAAUUGACAUGCAAAAAAGAUAUCGAUGAAGUUAUAAAAGGUGUGGCGGAGAAGGUAGUAGUUCUUCGAUUUGGUAGAGAUGAAGACUCCGUUUGUCUCCAGCUCGAUGAGAUCUUGUCAAAAAGUGCUCACGACCUGAGCAACAUGGCGUCGAUCUACAUUGUGGACGUAGAUAAGGCUCCAGUCUACACGAGAUACUUCGACAUCAGUUACAUCCCCUCCACCGUUUUCUUCUUCAACGGGCAGCACAUGAAAGUGGAUUAUGGCUCUCCAGAUCACACUAAAUUUGUUGGCAGCUUUAAGACAAAGCAGGAUUUCAUGGAUCUGAUAGAGGUCAUAUACAGAGGAGCCAUGCGGGGUAAAAUGAUUGUCCAGAGUCCCAUUGAUCCUCGGAACAUAACCAAAUAUGACCUUCUUUACCAUGGAAUUUAGGCUAAACUUUUUUUUUCAUUUCCACUUGAUCU